CUUUUUGCGAUGUGGUCACGUGAUCCAGCGGAGCUCUCGUCGCGGAGUCUAGCGACCCGCUCUACCCCCUUCGCCUCCUUGCUCCGCGUAGCUCGCCGCUGUCUCCCGAAGUCGGCGUCUGGGGCAUCUCAGGACGGCGGCAUGGACUGGGACAACAGCCAGCCAGACUUUGUCUUCUAGAAGAUUUCCAGCUGGUGUCCCUCUCUCUCGCUGAACUCAGACCACAAAGAUGGCGUCCUCGAGCGAUGAGAAGAGGGUCCUGCGUCAUCACCACAAAGCGGCGUUGCAGUUUUCUUCGGGCGCAGUCGCUGGCUUCAUCGAAGUUUGCGUUAACCACCCCCUGGACGUGGUCAAGACUCGGUUACAGAUGCAGUCGGCCGACGACCCCAACCGGUACAAGUCCAUCGCCGACUGCUUCAAGCGCAUGGCCAAGUCGGAAGGCUUCUUUGCCAUCUACAAGGGCAUCGUGCCCGUCCUGGUGGUGGAAACACCCAAGAUGGCGCUGCGAUUCAUGACUUACGAACAGACCAAGAGGCUUCUCUCGGACCACGUGUCAUCCGUGCCCAACAACUUGAUCUCCGGAUUCUUCGCGGGUGCCGUCGAAGGGGCCGCUGUGAACCCGUUCGAAGUGGUCAAGGUUCGACUACAGACGGACAGGCAGUUUGUCACCCAACAGCCGAGCGCGUACAGUCUCGCCAGGCAGAUCUACAGGAAGGACGGCAUGGGGAAGAACGGGCUGAGCCUAGGGCUAACGUCCAACAUCUUCCGGCACGGCGUCUUCGUCAUGAUCUACUUUACGCUCUACGCCAAGUUCAAGGAGAUGGCGCCACGGUUCAACAACAAGAGCGAAGCCAAUCUGUACAAGGUCGGGACAGGACUUCUGAGUGGAUGCAUCGGGACGUGCUUCAACAUACCCUGGGACGUCGUCAAGAGUAGAAUCCAAGGGCUUCAGCCGGUUCCCGGUGAAGUGAAGUACAGGUCGUGCUGGCAGAGUUUUAAGCUUGUGGUCCGGGAAGAGGGACCUCUGGCCCUGUACAAGGGACUUGCGCCCAAGAUGCUGCGGUUGGGCACGGGCCACGCGCUCAUCAUCGUUCUGUACGAGCACAUUGUGGAACUACUUGAAGCCUUAGCCUCUAGGAUAUGAAGUAGGAAACCAUAGUUACAAAAGAUAGUCAAUAAAUUGCAACGUCAAAGAUAACUACGGUUGUUAGCGAAAUCGAGUAGUUCACGUGGUGUUAAAUGCGAGCAUUUAGCGUAAUCAGGGCGUAAUUGUCAACAACGAGAAAUGUGAAACUAAAAGAAAACCGGAUGGAACUUUUAUUUGGGAAAAAUCUGGCCAUCAUUGAUACCCACGCUUCGCUAUCACCGCGACGCGCCAUCCUGUCCCUUCUUCUCUCUAACUCUUUCUGCGCGGUAGCUUGGAGCACAGGUUACUAUGCAUGAUAUGCAAAUUCAGAAGCAAGGACUUUAUGAGAUGAUUAUUUUUGUACGAGUAAUUUAUUUUUAAUGUUUUUGGAGGCUAAGCCCGGUAUACAACGAAAUGAAUGGAUGAUUAAUGAAUCGAUUCUUUAUUAAUUUUGCCUUCACUGUUCUAAUAAAGCAUUGACAAGGCGUAUAGUGUCCACGCGAAGCGUGCUGCUACUGCCCCAAAUAAAAUAUUGUAAAUUGUUGAUUCGCCCAA